UUUAUGCCAACCUGUACUUUUCUCAAAGUAAAUGAAAAUCGACUUACACCACUUUGAAAAUAAACGAUCCAUAUAUAAACAUCUGCUUAUUCGCGUAUUUUUGUUCACCCUGUAUAUAGCCAAAUUGUGAAAGAGGUUUAUUUGUGACUAUACUGACUGAUGAGGAACUUACUGAAGUUAGCCGUAAUGCGCAAUUUGAGUAUGAUCUUUCGUAAAACGAAUGAUAGAAUAGUGUCAUUUUUAUUUCUUGUAAUUUGAACGUUGAUGUUAAAUAUUAUAAGUUUGUAUUAGCUUGUAUUUAAACUUUAUUCGAGUCAAAUAAGAAUCAGGUUGAAUUGUUUAUGAUAUUUGGAAAAAAUAUUAAAUACAAACAUGAUAGAAGCAGAAACUGUAGGUAAUUUAGUUCAAAAAAUGAUCAUUUCACUUUGUGGAGAACAAAAACCAGAAAUAGUUAGAAAAUGGAUGCGUUUUUCACUUGGAUUAUUAUCAUCAACACAAGGAAUAGAAACAUUACGUGAGGAUGAAAUUACUGUAGCCAGUCAGAUAAAAGAGAAAUUACAAAUAUGUGAUGCUGUACAAUUUGAUAAAUUAUACAAUGAACUAAGAACUGGGCCAUUAAAGAACAGAGCACGAAUUCUUAUAUUUCUAUUGAAUAUGUGCCAGUCAGCAGAACAAUUAAGAGAAAGAGUUUUCUCUGUACCUGAUUUAAAAUUGGGUUCAUGUUCAUCUUCUGCAUCCACCAGUGGCCAAACAUCAGAAAUCUAUGCACCAUCACAAAUUGUAUCUAUAAAUAAUGCAGACAAAACAACAAGAGAUUAUUUAACAAACUCUUACAAAAUAUAUGGUGAAGAAUAUAUUUCAGAAGAUGCAUUAGUACAAGAUCUCAUAUAUUCCUUCCAAGGUAUUGAAGGAAAAAUCCUAAAAUUGGAUUCCAGUUAUGGUUUCCAAAUUGACCCAAUGAUUAGCAUUGAUAGACCAAGAAAACAAGCAACAUUAAGAUUGAGUGAACUAGGUUACUUACACAACAUAGUACAAAAAGGAUUAGAAAGAAUGUCAGCUGCUUCAAGUGGUCAGGUGGCUGAUAGCUUUGUUGCAGCAUUACAUUCUGAAUUAUCUGAAUAUUACAGAUUUAUAGCACUUAUUCAGGAAGAAGUAAACAGAGUUCAGUCACAGUCAGGAUUAUACAGAGUGACAUUGUCCCAUUUACACCUCUGGGCAUAUGAUCCUUUAGAAACUUUAAAAUGGCUAGCAAGUAUAGUAAAAACUUGCCAAGGACAGAAAGGUGGUGCACUAGCUUCUGCAGUAUAUGAAUUUAGUAAUCAUGGUGAUGCUAGUGUAAAAAAAUUAGUCAAAAGAAUUUUGGAAAGUGUUUGUGAACCUUUAUACAAUAUGUUAAUAAGAUGGAUCGCCGAUGGUGAAUUAGAUGAUCCAUAUAGAGAAUUUUUCAUUGAAACUUGUGCUGACAUUACUGGGGAUAGAAUGUGGCAUGAGAAGUAUCAAGUUCGUAACAGUAUGUUACCAUCUUUUAUCACAAAAAUGCAAGCUAAAAAAAUUUUAGGAACUGGAAAGAGUAUUAAUUUUUUACGUGAAGUAUGUAAAGAUUUUACCCCAUGGCAGGGAAAGCAUACAGAAAUGUUUAAAAAUUUUAGUGAAGAAUAUAAAGUUGAUGUUCUUUUUGAUAUGGAUCCUGAUGGUCGGUUGCAAACAAUGAUGGACACAGCAUAUAAGGAUACUUCAACCAGAGUUGUAGAAGUGUUAACAAAACAGUACCAUUUAAUGGAACAUUUGCAUGCAAUCAAGGGUUAUCUUUUACUGGGGCAAGGACAUUUUAUCCAACAUCUAAUGCACUUAUUAGAGCCAGAAUUAGAUAAACCAGCCAGUUCUUUAUAUCCACAUAAUAUAUCUUCUAUUCUGGAAACAGGAAUAAGAGCUACCGCUACGAAAAUAGAUGAUUUGGAUAUACAGAGGAGGCUCGAUGUAAGGUUAUUAGCGCCUUCAGAAAAUGAAAGGGGGUGGGAUGUUUUUAUUCUUGAUUAUAAUGUAGGUGGUCCCAUUGGCACGAUUUUAGAACCAUGUAGGCAAACAUAUCAAACUGUAUUUUUUGCUUUAUGGAGAGCUAAAAGAAUGGAAUCUAUAUUAUCUACAAUUUGGAAACAUCAAAUAACAUCAGCUAAAAUGUUUAGUAAGAUGCCAGAAGUAUUAUCAAUUCAAACUCAUAUCCAUUUAAUCACUAGCAGCAUGGUUCAUUUGGUUCAUCAAAUGCAAUAUUUUUUUUUAUUUGAGGUAAUUGAGUGUUCUUGGGAUGCAUUUGCAAAACAGUUAGGACAAGCAGCAUCUCUAGAUGACAUAAUUACAUCACAUAACCAUUUUAUAGAUGCAGUAAGGCGUGGCACUUUGCUUGAUGAAAAAUCCCAAGAACUUAUGGACCAUUUACGUUCUGUUUAUGGUCCAAUCUUGGAUUUACAAAACCUAGAAGAAACAUUUCUUACACGUGCUACGCUAGAAUAUGAGGCACGAUUGAGAGAUAACAAUUCAAUGAAUAUAACAUACACAUCACCAAGUCAGCUAGAUUUUUCGGGUACAGAUAAUGCAGACAUUGCUAAACGUCAAGCUGGUUUUUCCAAAUAUUUGAAUACACUUUCAAUUCAGCUUAGACUACUUUCAAGGACCUAUCAGGAUAGGGUAAAGAAAUUCCUCAUAAUGCUUGCAUCAGCUGAAGAUGUCUCUUUACAAUUAUUAAGUGUAAGAUUAGAUUUUAAUGAAUAUUAUAAAAGUAAAGAUAGUCGUCUUGUUGUGCCAUUAACUUAUUUACAUCGGAGACAAAGCGAUCAAAGUUACCUUAGUUGUAAAUAAUAUAAGCCAACAAAAUUUUCACUGUUACGUAUCAAUUAAAUACAUUUUUUUUAUAAAAAUUUAUCAAACAUUUAUUUAUAUUAAU